GGCUUUGCGGCUUUGUAGCUUUGUGGGCCUCAAUACCCAGGUCGCAACCAUGGCACAAUCUUCCCAUCGAGAUGACUUCUUUCAGACAACAACGUCGCUGGAGGAAUCCCGUCGCAAAGCCGAGAAAGCAAGAAACUCGAAUGGCCACCCCAUCAAACUUCAAAGUAAACUAUUAGCGAUUGCCGCUGAUCCCACUAGCGAUUCCUCUGUCUAUGUUGCUGAGAGUGCAGGCCUUCUCAGAAAAGUGGUGCUUGAAACAGGUGAAACUGCUACCCUUUACAGGGGACCGACUGCCCCAUUAACCAGUAUAUGCUUUUCCUCCGACGGCACAACUAUCUUCGCUGGGUGCUGGGACAAGACUAUAUGGAGCUGGGACGUUACUUCGCGAACGCAAAAACAUAGAUACCAUGGCCACACAGACUUUGUAAAAACGGUUAUCUCUCAGAAACUUGAUGGUGACGAUUUACUCAUCUCCGGUGGUGCGGAUGGUGAAAUAAUCAUUUGGAACAUCAGCGCUGGCAAAAGAUCACAUGUCUUCAAAGAUUACAGCCGUGGAGUACUACAUCUUGCGGUCGAUCCUCUUGUUUCUGAAGAGGAUCUGCAGCGAAUUAAUGUCUUCAGCGCAGGAAGUGAUCGCAGCAUUCGUUACUUCUCUCUCUCCACCCCUUUUAAGGAACAAUCCCUGUCAGCCCCGAUACUGGAACAUGAGACUAGUGUCUAUAAGCUUUUCUUCGAUGCAGAUGGUGACUUGUGGACAGCUUCGGCAGAUAAAACUGCUAAAUGUCUCUCCAGAGAAGCGAACUGGCAAGCGGACAUGACUUUGGACCAUCCGGACUUUGUCAGGGAUGUUGCCGUGUGUGAACAGGGUGGCUGGGUGGUUACGGGAUGUAGAGAUGAGGAAGUGCGUGUAUGGAAUCGUGCGACUGGAAAGUUGCAUCAUUCAUUCUCUGGCCAUUUUGAAGAAGUGACUGGGAUCUUAAUACUUGGGACGACGGUUGUUAGUGUCAGUAUCGAUGCCACCAUACGGCAGUGGUCGCUUGACCCAACUCAGCUUGAAAUAGCCAAAGCAAAAGCUGAAAGGGCAUCCCAGGAGGACGAAGUAAUUGAUGAUGGACUUAAGGAGUCACUGUUGACUGAGGAAGAGGAGAGGGAGCUUGCGGGGUUGAUGGGCGAUGACUAGGUUGGCGUCAACACGUAUGAAAAUGGGGCAUAUUCAAAAAUUAAAGGAUAAAGCCUAUAUCUCCUGUUGAAUUCCCGUUGUCAGGUGAUUGGUUUGUAGACUUGCCGAUCAGCUCAUCUCCGGUGACGGACAGUAUCCAAUUGUUGGUUGGUGAUCAUCCAGGGCGUAGAGAGCAACCGUUUUAGUUCAAGCCCGCAAGAGAAUCAAAGAGCAAUGAUUCACCGG